UUAUGGCUUCUGACGUCAUUUCAAUUGACCGGAAGUGCUGAACGAUGUCAAUCCCAGACAAACGAUUCCUAUUCACACAAUGAUUUAAUUGUCUUUUUUAAUAACAGAAAUUGCAUAUCAUUUUUGUGCAGCCACCAAAACAUUGACCGUUUAUUGAAACGCGGUGCAGCAAGCUGAAACGUUAACCAUGUCAAAUCGCAUCGCUUUCCAGACGCAGUUAGCUUCCAUCAUGGAGGUGCUGGCCAAUGCAGCGGUGGCUGAGAUAUGUAAACUCGUAGACGACGACUAUGCGGUUAUUAACUUACAAAUGACUCAAUGUCAGCGUGAAAACAAAGCUCUGAAGAGAAAACUACACAUACUGGAGCUGAAGAUGGCCCGGGGGUUUGCGGAGAGGAGGAUCAGUUCACUGAAUCGCGCUAACAGGGUUCAAGUGAGCGCCGCUUUGUCAGACAAAUACAGGAACCAAACUAACGACGCCAUGUAUGGAACUAAUUUUAACAGAGGAUUGUGGAGGGGUGGAGGGACAGACUCGACUGCACAGCAGCAGACUGUAAAAGAGAAUAACAGCAUGAACAGUAUGGCAGGAGGGGAUGCAGAAAUAUCUGAAGUUGACACAGUACUGAUAAAGGAUGAGAUGUUUGAGGAGGACCAAACACAGCAGAGACUAUUUGUCAGAGAUGAUGGGGUAACAGAAACCUCAUCACAGACUGGAGCGGCAGGUUUUGGUGAUGUUCAGAUGCUGAAAGAUGAUGAUCAGGUCUCCAGGAUGCAGCAACAGACUUUGGAGCAGCAAAGAGAGGUGGAAAAUGGAGAACCAGAAACAAUAGUGAUAAAGGAUGAUCUGAACAACCCAUGGGAAGAAAGCAAGUCACAAAGAGCCAUAAUUGUGCAAGAUGAAGAGUCAAAUUCAGGCAUUUGUAAUGGAUGUCAUUCUACCUCACCAGCCAAAAGGACAGUUGCAUUUGGAACAGAAAAGCCUGUAGAGUUGGAUUUUUCUCAUUUGAGGGAAAACGGACUGGAUAGGAGCCAGAAGACCGACAUCUCUCCAUCCAUUGGACUACAGAUGAACAUACAGGGUGCUGUGGAAUCCAGUCCAAAUAGUUCGCAACAGUACCAGUACCACAAGUCUGCUGUUCGACCUAGCAAGGGUCUAACAACAGGAGAAACAGCAGCUCACACAAUCUUGGGGCACAAGGGAGCAGUGAAAAGCAGUACCUAUCUCACAAACCAGCUUGUAAUUAGCAAAGCAAGGACAGCCCCUGAUACAUCAGAAACAGACUGCUCAUUGUAUGAGAGACCUGCAGAGCAUAAAAGUCACUUUACAUGUUGGACCUCCUCUGUGCAACCAUCCUGCUCAUUUACAACAGAGUCCUACCAGGAUCAAGACUGUUUACUGGUUGAAUCAGAGUCUGUAUCAUCAGUCAGAGGCUCAAAAAGUGGACUGAAUGCUCCAUCAACUACCCGAACACAUGCUGUUAGAAGCUCAAAUCCAGCAGAGGGGCCCAUCAGGGAAGAGGAAGGAUGGAAUCAAGCCAUCAUUUUGAGGCAAGGACAAAAUGAACCAUCAGGCCACAUUAGUAGGCCAGAUGGAAUUCAGACAGAAAAUGCAUGUGGGACAAAUGCCUCACAUUUCACUGUGAUUCCUCAAAUGAUUACCAGCUUAACUCAGCCUGGGGCUUCUCUUGCCGGGCUCCAGCUCCCAGAUCACAUGGAGAAAUGUAAAAAGAAAAGCUACGUUUGUAAGUACUGUGGAAAGGCCUUCCCCGGGAUGUCCAAUCUUGUGGCCCACCAGCGAGUGCACACUGGGGAGAGGCCUUUUAAGUGUAAUACUUGUGGGAAGUUGUUCACAGAAGCAGGUAACCUGAAGAAACAUCAAAGAGUUCACACAGGAGAAAAGCCCUUCAUAUGUAGCCGCUGUGGGAAACGAUUUGCCUGGAUCUGCAACCUCAAGACGCAUCAGCAGUCAGCCUCCUGCGGAGGAGUCUGAAGACACAUUUAAUUGAACAUAUAUACAGUGGAGGGCUUCCAACUUAUGCCUUCUUACAAACACAGUGGUCUUCAACAUUGAUUUUGAAAUACUGUGGUAUAAUGAUAAGUGACCAAGUUGAUUCAGCUGAGCUGGAAAUGAUACAAAAAAUUAUAAUAGCUCGUUUUACACUAGAGAGCAAAAAUUAGAUAGAAAAUAUAAAAGAAAGAUGUAACAGUACAGUUGUCCAUGAAUUGUAAUAUUAACAAUGAACAGCAGGUGCUGCACAAGCACAAAUAAACGGAACGUGAGUCGGUGUUGUUUUUCCUCCACAUUCCUUCUAAUACAACGUUAGUUGAAUUGCCUCUCGAAGGAAAUAUUUGCCGACGCUUUUCACUCUAAUAAAGUUAUUGUAGUAAUAUAUUUAUUAAGUGUAAUAAGAAGAGGAACCGAUUGUUUAGUUCAAAUCUUUUGGCUAAUGCGUUCGCUUUACCUGCAACAGGAUCGGCUGGUUUUGCCGUCCAAUCACUGUUCGCCGAUUCCGUCUUUUCAGCCGAUGAUCGUCCCGUGAUUGAUGGAUUCCGCUAAUCGUGAGCUCUCUUAAAUUCUGUUUCUGUGGAGCUAGUCAGUAGCGCAUGAGACUCUUAAUCUCAGGGUUGUGGGUUCGAGGCCCACGUUGUCUGGAGAUAUUUUUCAUCACCAGUAGGAUCCAAAAUGAAACAUUAUACUAGAGCAUGGUACUUUCAACACUGUCGUAAAAAGAGUAGAAAAAGUCUUAGCAGAGGAUGGUUUCGAUCCAUCGACCUCUGGGUUAUGGGCCCAGCACGCUUCCGCUGCGCCACUCUGCUGGUGCGUGGUAGAAGUAUUUACAUGUUGAUUAAAAUCGAACGAAUUAGGAUUCAUGUUUAAACCAUAAAUGAGAUGUUUUGAUCACUCUUUUAAGAUUCAAAUUUCAUUUAAAAAUAAAUUACGUUUUUUGUUCAGUACAUUCGUAAGUUAGUGUUACUUAAAAGGUUUUGAAUUUUACUAGCCUCUGAAGCUACUCUGAUAUCCAAACAUUCUGUAUUUAUG